AGUCCUUCACAGAUCGAGAGACUGUACAGUCGUUUCACGAGUUUAGACAAAGGAGACAACGGAACCCUUUCGCGCGAAGACUUCCUCCGCAUACCAGAGUUGGCAAUCAAUCCAUUGGGCGAUCGUAUAGUUCAGGCCUUCUUCGCCCAAAACGAUGGCUACGAAGAGAGGAUUAAUUUCCGGCAAUUUAUGUGCGUUUUGUCGCGUUUCAGACCCAUUAAGAAGAAUCGCGAGAAUAAACUGAAUUCACGCGAAGAUAAGCUUAGAUUUGCGUUCAAAAUGUAUGACUUGGACGACGACCAGAAGAUAUCGCGCGAAGAACUGCUGGCAGUGCUUCAUAUGAUGGUUGGAUCCAACAUAUCGACCGAACAGUUGUCUAAUAUCGCCGACAGAACUAUUAUGGAAGCGGACAAAGACGGCGACCAAUGUAUCACUUUUGAGGAGUUCUGCACCACUUUAGAGCGCACAGACGUCGAGGAGAAGAUGUCCAUCAGAUUUCUUCAUUGA